AGCAGGGGCGGUACUUGCUUAUUCCAAACGAGAUAGGCGUGCCAUAGGAGGCGGGACGGGACGAGCAAGGCCCCGCCUUCCUUCCCUGUCCGGGUGCAGCAGCUGAGGGAGAGUCAGUAAUAGCCAGGCUCAAGGGGGGGGAUAUGGCUUCUAUGGCCGCGGCGAUCGCUGCCGCCCGCACCGCCUCUAUGUCCGGCAACCGGCCCCUGGAUGAGAAGGAGCGGAGUCGCUUCAACUACUUCUCGUCGCUCAACCCCAUGGCCCGGAAGAUCAUGCAGGAGAAGGAGCGGCUGAAGCAGCGCUACGGGUCGGACUGGGAUCGGAUGGAGCCGCGGGAGCAGGAGGAGGCCAUAGAUCGGCACAUGGUGGAUCCGCAGCUCCGGGCUCGUUACGCGCUACACCGAGUCACUGGCGACUCCCAGCCGCUGCCCUGUUACCCCGUGCUCAAGCUCCACACCGGCCAGAAGGUGGUGCACUUCGGCGAGGAGGACAUCACUUGGCAGGAUGAACACUCUGCUCCUUUCUCCUGGGAGACAAAAAGCCAGAUGGAUUUUAGCAUUGCCUCCAUGUCUAUUCAAGAUUGCGCCAGCACCCCAGCACAGGCCGAGCAGAAGCAAACCCCCAAACCCUCCGUCCCCAGCGUCCAGAAUAUUAAAUCCCCUCUUGGAAACCAACAAGCCAAAGCAACGCCAGCUGGCAAGACCCUCAAUUCCGACACCUCCACUCCAGUAAGAAAAGAAGAAGAGUCGGCCUUCUGGAAAAUAAACUUGGAACGCUCGAAGAUCGACGACUCUCAGUCCGAGUUCCCCUCGUUAACUCCGAGCCAGAUCAAGUCUUUGGAAAAGGGAGAGAAGCCCCUUCCCAGUUACUGCAGGCAAGAUUCCUUCCAGAAGGAAAAGGAAGAGGUCAAACCAGAGAAAACAGAGAAGCCUCCGGUGGUGACCAAGCAGCCAAAGACCACCAACUUCAGCCUGCCCUCUUUUAGUCUGGAGUCCAAUAAAGCUCAGGCGAGUCGCCCAUCUGUCAGCACUUUAGAUGAUGUCUUUCUCCCGGAGCCAGCAGUCCCACCACUGCCUGCCCCAGCACCCAAAGAACCGGAGCCUGAAGCAGCUGUCUCAACAGAACCUCAACUAUUUUCACAGAUCAAUACGAGCAGCGCCCUGCUGAAGACCGGGUUUGACUUUCUAGACAACUGGUAACGACGAGGGCACCCUGCUGAAGGGCAGCUAUCGAUUGAUGUCUGGGGCUCUGCAACCUUUCUAUUCCUCCAGCUCCUGACACAGGGCUUUGUGCAACUGUACCCUUGCUUCUGUCUACUCUUUGUGUUCCAAUAUGAAAUUGUAAGUCUUGUUUAUGGUAAGGUCAAGCUUUUUAGAGGGUAUAAGUGCCAUGUUACAUAGUCAUUUUGAAGACGGACAAACUAAUAUUGUUUCUUUAAACUGUGUGUGUGGCCCUAUGAUUUUUUUAAAAUUUCUUGGGCUUUCCUGCAUCUGUCUGUAUUUACAUAAGGAUCCCAGCAGAGGGCAUGCGGUUCUAUGGACCUCCUCCAAACAAGGUUGACAAUCAAUCAUUGAUAUUGACAGUUAUACACGCAAGCACCUGCUACAUUUUCCAUUGGCCGGGAUAUUUCCAUAGAGAUUUCUCAGAGAUGUAAUCAACACUCCAUAUAGUACAGGGUCUUCAUUCUUCAUGAAGGUAAAAUGGAGACGGCUGCAUACAGGGUGAGUUUCACAAGUGAAGAACACCAGGUUGCAUUAACCUGUGUAAAACAGGUGACAGGACUGUUGCCUGAACCACUGUGUUGAUGUAUGGCUUCCUCUUGAUCGGGGUUGGCCAGGAACCCCCAAAAACACAUGUUGAUGUAGAGCAUCUGCCCAAUAACUGCAUGCAGCAAUGGUUGCCUCUUGUUCUAGGUUGGCCAAUAACCCCAAGCACAUACAGAUGAAGAUCAUUUCCUCAAUCACGGCAUGGCCUCCUCUUUUCUGGCUUGGCCAAAAACUCCAAGUACGUUCUUAUGGAUGCCAUGAUUUGGCCGGUCACCUCUGGUGUGGUGGUGUCCUAUCCAGGAGGCUUCCUCUGGGACCUCCUCUUGAUCUGAGUUGGCCAGGAACCCCCAAAAACAUGUGUUGAAGUAGGCCAUCUGCCCAAUCACUACAUGGAUAGUCACCUCUUUUUCUAGGUUGGCCAAUAACCCCAAGCACAUGAAGGCCAUCUCCUUUAUCACUGUAGGACCUCCUUUUGAUCUGGUUUCACCAGUAACCUCAAUCACAGGCUGAUGGGAGGCCUCCUCUUUUCUGGCUUGGCCAAGAAUUCCAAGCUUCCCUGUGGCAGUGGCCUUAGAAUACUAUAGUAUGAGCACCCAUUGCUAUCACACUGCUUGUUCUAGAGCACAUUGAGAUAUUGCUACGUGCAGAGAUAUUUUAGCUUAGUAACUAUUGCAUUAGGGAAAUUCAUGGGCAGGAAGAGAAAUUCCUUUGCCAAAGCACAAAAAAAAAAGAAGCAUUUAUUUAUUCAUUAGAUGAAGGCAGACAAAGGUCACAUUUAGCUGUAUACGAAGCAACAUUUUGCAUUGUGCUGCCAUUGUGAUCACAAA